AUGAGAGGUUUCACGGGGAAGGGUUAUCAGGAAGGCUAUGAAUACGGAAGUAGUUUGGGUAUGAUUGAAGGAAGACAGUAUAACACGUUACAUGGAGCUAAAAUCAGAUCUGAGAUCAGAUACUACCAAGGUUUUGCUUUUGCUUGGAGAUGUCUCCUGCACGGUUCUGCCACUGAGAAAGACAGCAAAAAGAUGAAGGUCUUAGAAUCGUUGAUUGGAAUGAUUCAGAAACUCCCUUAUGAUGACCCUACUUACGAUAAACUUCACGAAGACUUAGACAAAAUUAGAGGGAAAUUUAAGUAG